AUCUGUUUGAUUAACAAUCUUGGGCGGGCAGGAUAUGACUUCUGGCAUACAACACCCUUGCCUGACUACAAUGUCCCAUCGAUUCGGAUGUCCGAUGGGCCCAACGGGAUUCGAGGCACUAGAUUCUUCAAUGGUGUCCCCGCAGCAUGCUUACCAUGUGGAACAGCCCUAGGAGCAACCUGGGAUAUGAGUCUGAUUCAAGAAGCUGGAGUUUUAAUUGGCAAGGAAGCCAAAGCCAAAGGUGCGGCUAUUUGGCUGGGACCAACCUUAAAUAUACAAAGAUCGCCUCUUGGUGGUCGAGGCUUCGAAUCAUUCGCAGAAGAUCCUCAUCUGUCAGGUAUGCUAGCAGCAGCCAUUAUUCAAGGUGUCCAGAGUGAAGGGGUGGUCGCAACUCCAAAGCACUUCGUCUGCAAUGAUCAAGAAGACCGUCGAAGAGGACUAGAGACGAUAGUCACCAGCAGAGCAUUGCGAGAGAUUUAUCUGAAGCCGUUCCAAUUGGCAUUGGCGCAUGGCAAGCCCCACGCUAUCAUGACUGCUUACAACAAACUCAACGGAAAGCUUUGCUCGCAAAGCCCAGACCUACUUCUUAAUAUUCUGAGGGAGGAAUGGGGGUUUAAGGGAGCUACGAUCAGCGAUUGGUACGGCACGUACUCCACCAGCGAAGCAGUGAUGGCAGGGCUUGACCUUGAGAUGCCAGGCCCGCCGCAGUGGAGAGGUAGGCUAUUGUCGGCGGCAGUCUCUGCAAUGGCUCUCCCAAUGCGUGCAGUCAAUUCACGAGUCCGAAGUGUUCUCCAACUGGUCAAACAGGCUAGUAAAUGUGACGUAUCAGCCGAAGAAAGUGUUCGAGAUACCCCAGAAGAUCGAAACGUCCUUCGCCGUCUAGCAUCGGAGAGCAUCGUUUUGUUGAAAAACAAUGAUGCGCUGCUUCCUUGGAAGAAUGUCGAAAGCGUAGGAGUAAUCGGGUUUCAUUCCAGGGCUGCGAUCUAUUGCGGAGGCGGAUCCGCUCAACUGACCCCUUACUACGUGGUGACGCCGAUGGAAGGGUUACAGUCAUACGUGCAGAACAUCGAGUACUGUCCCGGUGCCUAUGGUCAUCAACUGCAACCGUUGUUAGGUCCAUUUGUGAAGAAGCUAGGGAUCACGGUGACCUUCUACAACCAACCCCACACGUCAGACAACCGACAACCGUUAGAAACGAUAAAAAUUGUCGAUUCAUUAUUCCAGCUAUUGGAUUACAAGCCACCAGGUGCGUGCGAGCUUUUCUAUGCCUCCAUGAGAGGGUCUCUCACUCCCGAGAAGACCGCCGUUUGGGACUUUGGGGUCAUGUGCCACGGAACGGCGCUUUUAUACAUCAAUGGAAAGAUCAUAAUCGACAAUGCCACCCAGCAACGAGCGGGAGGAUCUUUCUUCGGCAGCGGAACGGUUGAAGAGCUUGGUUCUGUCGAACUUCAGGCAGGUGUAACAUAUGAUAUCCGCCUUGAAUGGGGUAAUGGACGCACUUCGACGCUUCGACGACUUGGUGCCACUACGCUAUCAAAUGGUGGCGCUCGCUUGGGGGGAUGUCCAAGAGUAGAUGCAAAAGAGGCAAUUAAUGAAGCAGUCCUGAUGGCAGAAAGCCAGGAGCACGUCGUCAUCUUCACUGGUCUCAACCAAGAGAUUGAGAGUGAAGGCUACGAUCGGAAAUCAAUGGACCUCCCAGGGCACUCCGACGCUCUGAUUGAUGCAGUCCUCGACGCCAACCCCAAUACAAUCGUGGUUGUGCAGUCUGGAACACCAGUGACAAUGCCUUGGGUCUCAAAGGCAAAGGCUGUAAUUCAAGCUUGGUAUGGCGGCAAUGAGUUGGGAAAUGCGAUCGCAGACGUCAUAUUUGGUAAGGUGAAUCCCAGUGGCAAGUUGCCCAUGACCUUUCCCAAGGUGGUGCAAGACAACCCCGCCUUUCUCAACUUCAACGCCGAUGAUGGCAGAGUGUUGUAUGGAGAGGAUAUCUUUGUUGGGUAUCGAUACUAUGAUAAGAUGAGGAAGCAGCCACAAUUCGCCUUUGGGCACGGUUUAUCAUAUACCACUUUUGCGCUGUCGAAUCUGGAAGUGUCUUCACCGGAUGUUCAGCUAAUCGUGCAGAACUGUGGCACUCGACAUGGCGCGGAGGUUGUGCAAGUCUACAUUGCACCUGUACAUUCUGCCACCUGUCGCCCGGUCAAGGAACUGAAAGCAUUUACUAAGGUUCUUUUAGCGCCGGGAGAAGCAACAAAAGUGAAGAUGAGGCUUGACCGGAAUGCCACGAGCUACUGGAGUGAAACUCUGGACGCGUGGGUCUCUGAGAAAGGCGAAUAUGACAUAUUUGUCGGCACUUCAAGUGAUCGUAUUAUUUUGACUGCUCGGUUCUCACAGGAGAGAACUGUCGUCUGGCGGGGUUUAUAA